AUGGUCGGAAUCCCCAAAUUUCGCCCUGGCUUUCGUCGGGCCACCACCGACACGUCGUCAGCCGUGCCUGUGACCGAGCUCACGACCAACGACAAGAUCACCGAGGUUGACGCGCCAAAUGCUGGAGCUCCAGAAGCCCAGGGCGAGGGCGAUGCUGAAAACAUCAGUGACCUCAAAGCCGAGGCUGAUCUCCCUGCCGACGAUGCGCAACGAGGUGUACAGAAUGUCGAAGCCGUCACCUUGACCUGGUCGAAGCGGUCUUUGAUCGCGGUCUUCAUCUUGAUGUUUCUACUCUACUUCGUCAACGCUUUCCAGUCCUCGAUUCUCAGUAACUUGACGCCCUAUGUCACCAGCGAUUUCGAGGAGCAUUCGCUGUUGACCGUCAUCUAUAUCGUGUCGAACUGCAUGUCUGCUGCGACGUAUAUCCCUGUGGCGAAGCUGCUCGAUCUCUGGGGCCGAGCCGAAGGGUUCUUGGUCAUGGUGGCGUUUGCGACUCUGGGAUUGAUUUUGAUGGCAUCCUGCAAUUCCCUGUCCACCUUUUGCGCUGCACAGGUAUUCUAUUCCAUUGGGUUCGGAGGCAUGAUCUACAGCAUCGAUGUCAUCACGGCCGACGCAUCGAAGUUGAAGAAUCGAGGUCUCGCAUACGCCUUCACUUCGUCGCCGUACAUGAUCACCGCGUUUGCCGGGUCCAAGGCCUCGGAAGGUUUCUACCAGGACAUCAGCUGGCGAUGGGGAUUCGGCUGUUUUGCCAUCAUUCUCCCCGUGGUGGCAGCGCCUUUGUUCAUCGUCUUGAAGGUCAAUCUCCGCAAGGCGAAGAAACGGGGUCUCCUCAUCAGGGAGAGGAGCGGCCGAACAUUCUGGCAGAAUGUGUGGUACUGGGUGGUCGAGUUUGAUGCCCUAGGAGUCUUCCUCUUCGCCUCCGGUCUCACUGUGUUCCUUCUCCCCUUCUCGCUCGCCGAUUCCGCCCCUGACGGCUGGGGCUCGGGCUACAUCAUCGCGAUGAUCGUGGUCGGGUUCGUGGUGCUCGUCCUGUUCGGGCUGCACGAAGCGUAUCUGGCGCGAGUGCCCUUCAUCGCGGCCAACCUGUUGACCAACCGAACGGUGGUCGGCGCGUGCCUGUUGGACGUGACGUACCAGAUCUCCUACUACUGCUGGGACAGCUAUUUCACGUCGUUCCUGCAGGUGGUCAACGACCUCUCGAUCGCCGAGGCCGGCUACGUCAACAACACGUUCGACGUGGUCUCGGGCGUGCUGCUGCUGCUGGUGGGGUUCCUGAUCCGCAAAACCGGCUACUUCAAGUGGCAGCUGUACAUCGCCGUGCCGCUGUACGUGUUCGCGCAGGGCCUGAUGAUCUACUUCCGCCAGCCGCACAAGAGCAUCGGCUACAUCGUCAUGUGCCAAAUCUUCAUCUCCAUCGGCGGAAGUGUGUUUAUCAUCAUCGAACAGCUCGCCGUCCUGGCCGCCGCGCCCCACCAGUACGUCGCGGCUGUCCUGGCCCUGCUCAAUGUCGUCGGCAACGUCGGCGGCGCCAUCGGAAACACCAUUUCCGGCGCCAUCUGGACAAACACUUUCCCGCAGGCGUUGGCGCGCUAUCUGCCGGAAUCGGCGCAGGCCGACCUGGAUGACAUCUAUAACGAUCUGUCCACCCAGUUGAGCUAUCCCUACGGCAGUCCAACCCGGAUCGCGAUCCAGAAGGCUUAUGGCUAUGCGCAGGAGAGGAUGUUGGCCGCGGGCACGGGGAUCAUGGCCUUGGCGUUUAUUUGGAUCUUAUUGAUUAAGAACAUCAAUGUCGCUAAACUCCAGCAGACUAAGGGCAUGGUCUUUUAG